AAGACCGAUCCUCUGACUCUGAGGAUGACAAAGUGAUUGUCAGGGAUAAGACCUCAUGCUGUCCCUAUCUACGGCGCUCAUCAUCAAGAAAAUUUAGUGCUCCUGAGAGGAGGACCCUUCAGCAGGCAGAAAAGGAGGAGGAUAGUUACUAUGGGUCCAAAAAUGACAGCAUGAAUUUCUGGGAUAAGAUACAACAUUAUCUACUGCCACGGGAGUCAUCUUCUAGAAGUCUCAGUACUGUUGAGAAGACCCUUCAGCAGGCAGAAAAGGUGGACAGAUUUUAUGAGCCCGAGGAGGACACCCUGAGUCUCAGAGAUAAGAGGCACUGUUAUCCAUCACAACAGGACUCACCUACAAGAGGACACAGUUGUGCUGAGAAGAUCCUUCAGCAAGCAGAAAAGGACAAAUCAUAUGAUGACGAGGAUGAGAACCAGAUUGUACAGUGUAAGUCACACUGUUAUUCAUCACAAUGGGACUCUACAAGAAGACUCAGCACUCCUGAGAAGAUGCUCCAACAGCAGGCAGAAAAGGAGAAGGAUCGAUGCUGUGAGCCCGAAGAUUACAAGCAGAGUAUCCAGAAGAUGCACUGUUAUCCAUCACAAUGGGAACCACCCACAAGACGACAUAGUUCUGCUGAGAAGACCAUCCAACAGCAGGCAGAAAGGGACUCACCUACAAGAAGACACAGUUCAGCUGAGAAGAAGAGCCUUCAGCCGGCAGAAAAGGAGUCAAAAAAGGACAAAUUAAAUGAACCUGAGGCUGAGACUCAGCAAUGUGAUUCACCUUCAAGAAAGCUUUGUGCUGUUGAAAAGAUCCAAGAGCAGGUAGAAAAGGAGAAGGAGAAAGUGGGUAAACUAGAGGAGGAGAACGAGAUCCUCCGGGAUGCACUGAAACAUUGUACAAAGCAAUUGGAUUCAACUGCAAACAAACUCGAGACUGCUGAGAAGGCGACCGAGGUGAAGGAAAAUGAGGUGAUGUGCCAGAAAGAACCUCUGAAACAAGAAAAGGAUCAGCAAAAGCCUGAAAAACAGGAUCAAAAGAAUGAGCUCAAAGAUACUCCCUCCCUUCCGGAGCCACCUCAAAAGUCAUCAGAUGCUUAUCAAGACAAUCUGAAGGAGGCUUUGGAGAAGCUCUAUCAGGCCAACCUGGAGGCAGUCAUGCUUCGCCAAGAGUUACAGCAGACCCAGAAGAAGAAGUCUCAGCUGGAGGAGGAGACAUGUGCUUAUAAGAAUCGCAUGAAAAAGCUCAAUGGGGAGUUGAAGAAACUCCAGGACUUCCACCAGCAGAGUGAGGAAGAGGUUGAAGCCUUCAUUCAGCAGAUCGAAGAUAUGAACUAUCAGUUGGCCUUCUGGCAGAAGACACACGAGAGUGACCUCCAGUUCUUGGCAGCCAAAGAUGAGCAGCUUGUGAUCUUUAAGGUGGAAAUGGCCUCCCUCAAGGAGAACCUACGGGAAGAAGAGAAAAGGAAAGACUUUCUACAGGAUGAAAUCUCCAUCUUAAAGCACAGAUAUAUAACAACUAGCUGUGAGGUGGAAGCCCUUCGGAACAGCCUGGGGCAUGCUCACAAGGACACCUGGACACUUCAACAGGAGAGAGAAAUGGUGGCAUCUAAUGUACAUCAUUGGGUGAAAGAACAAAAAGACAACACUGAGCUAUUAGGAUCCACAAUCCAAGAGCAGGUCAAAUGCAUUUGCCAACUGACUGAUGAAAAGGACCAUCUCCACAACGUGAUGGUCCAUUUGCAGCAUGAAAACAAGAAGCUGAGGAAAGAAAUAGAUCAUAGGCGUCAAAAAAAUGAGCAUCUGAUGGUUCCUCAAUAUGAUAUUACAAUUCCUUGCAUUGAAUAUCAUCUCAUGUCACAGUGCUCAGGAGAGAACUGAGUUUGCAGCCUCAUGACUUAUCUAAUCAACUCCCACUGAGGACCUGCUAUGGCAAGAACCCUAUUUUGCCUAUGCUCCUAAAUGCUUUUCAGCUUUGUCCACACAGAGCCACAGAAGAGCAAGCCUUAGAUCCUAUUAGCAUCUAUCAGACUGAGAUUUGUAAUAAAAGUCUUUCAUACAGAAGAAGUGUCAAUGAGACUCCAGAUCCUUCUGCCCAUUUCAGGGCUCACUUUAGCCAUUCCCUCAGCCCUAACUCACUCUGAUCCUGGGCAAAGUAAUGAUAGGUUUCUUUCAUUUAUAUUGACAAAUAUUUUACCACACUCAUAGAUAACUCCCAAAGCAAACCUCUGGGUUUUUUUUUUUUUUAAUUCAACAGAAAAUCAUUCAGAGUUUAAAGGAUCUAAAGAUAUAAGAAUCUUUAAACUUUGAAAAGGAAAAAGGGGGGGAGGGGUGUCCAACAAAAAAUGAAAAAUGUGAGGAACAAUAGUGAACCCUAAUGCAAAUUUUUCAAGAUGAAAGCAGAAAACACAUUAACUACCUUCUCCUCAAUCCCCAAUUAUCCUUUUUUUCUUUUAACCAUAUUUUUCUCCUACACAAAACCUCAUAAUAAAAUCCACAGGACAUCCAAAUUAUUUUAUUGAAGUUGAAACUGCAUUACAUUGACUAGAGUGCUAGAAAUCACAUUCCUAAUCUGCAGGACCCGGGGAAAAAUAGUUAAUGCCAUGCUUUCCAUAGUGAAUCACCAAGUAGAAAAAUGUUCUUUGAACCAAAUGCUUGCUCUCACUUCUCAAUACUUAACAUUUAACUCUUUUUGUGUUCAAUUUAAGAUGAUUUGGGAGAACUUCUUGGGAGGGAAGGGAAGUGAAAGUAGGAAAGAAUGAAGAGAUGGGAAAAAGGAGCUAUGUGAGACAUAUAUUUGCUACUCAAUAACUCCCCCCCCCCAAAAAAAAAAAAAAACCUUUUUCUGGCUCUACAGUAUCAAACCCACACAUUGAUACAUUCUUUAUGGUGAUAGUUAUAUGGGAAGGGACUGAAUUUUACUCAUUGUCAUAAAUUUGUUAUAAGCUGAUCAACAAAGCUUCCAAUGAGCCAAAUGACAGACCACAGAAGUUGCUUGAGUAUAAGACACAUUCUAUUCAGGAAACCUCUAAAGAAUGAUAGAUCCUACUCUGAAAAUAUAAUUCAACAAAAGAUUUGGACGGUUGCAUUUUCAGCUUCUUGUAAUGGGCUACUACUACCUCUGCAAAUACAAAACACCUGGUUGUCAGUAUGUUGAAAGCAGUCACAAUAUUCAGACUCUUCAGUUAUUCAGUCUUCAGGAAUCCUCUUUCCUUUUUAACCAGUAGUGAGUUCAAACUGCAAAAAAAAAAGCCAUUUGUAAACUAUGGGAGACACACACAAAUCUGAAGACUCAAUGCACUGUCUCUUGAGAGCAAAACCAGUACUGGGAGGCUUUGGCUACAAGAGGGACACACAGAAAUGUUAAGUGUAGAAACUGUUUCCCCAAAACAGGAAAAUUGGAGUUUCUAGAAGAGUUCACCAAGUGUUGCCUGUCUACAAAUCUAUUAAGUAGCAAAGUAAAGUAUAGCGAAUAAAGGUAAAGUGGUUAAAGCACAUAACCCUCCGUUCUAAUGGCUAAAAAACCCUACUUUGUAGAAGGUUAUUGGGAAGUCUUAUGCCAAAACAAACUCAACAAAAUUUUUUAAAGUAUUUGACUGAAUGAAAUUGUUCACCAGGAAUCACAGACAUAAAACUAAGAUUAAAUGAGGCAUUUGCGUUGGUUUGUAGGGAGAAAGAACAGAAAAAGUUAAAGGAGUGAAAAGGGGGUCUUUCACUAGGAAUUUUGAUCUUCUCAAUCCCCAAAAAGAUCAGAUUUUCCACAUGAUUAAGGAUCCCAGCUGCCCUCACUAUUCAAAAUGUCUUUAAAUCCCAGGUCCUUUGUAAAAUAUUUAAGUGACUUUUGUGCCUUCUCUAGUCAGUAAGAGUAGGAAAAGGAAGCUGCUUGCAUGAGCAGAGAACCUGUGAAGUAAUCUAUGGAGCUUAGUACUUACAUAUCAAACAUAAAAUGCUCCAAUAAUUAGCCUUAUUUUUUUAAACUAAAAGCCUUCACUGUGUCCACAAACUCAACAUUAGGCAGGAAUAUUCAAGAAAAAUGUAACUACAUCAAUGGCUAUCUGCAGAUUAAAUAGGCAAUGCCUCACGAUAAGAAUGUUGACCUGUCUGGCAGAACCCUGAAAGCAAAAAAAGCCACCUCAUUUUCAAGGCAGCUAGGUGGCACCGAGUUGGGAAGACUCAUCUUCCUGAGUUCAAAUGUGACCUCAGAUACUCAUUAGCCGUGUGACCCAAGGCAAGCCACUUCAUUCUGUUUGCCUCAGUUGUCCUCAUUUGUAAAAUGAGCUGGAGAAGGAAAUGGCAAAGUACUCCACUAUCUUUCCCAAGAAAACUUCCAAAAAUGGGACCAAGAAGUGUCAGACAUGAUUGAAAUGGAUGGGUGAGUUUCCACACUAUAUUCAAAUGAUUCAACUUAAUUCUUUCCUUCUAAAAGGGGGUGACAUUAAAGUCAAAAAUGAAAGACUUCUGAGAUCAUUUUGUCCACCUCAUUUUACAGAUGAAACAGCUGAGGAACGUUAACUGAUCUAGGGUUAUAGAAAUGGCAUAGACAAGGUUAGAGAGAACUCAGGUUUCCCAAUUACCAGUCCAGUGGCCUCAGCUCUGUUGCCUCUGAUUAUCAUUCCCACCUAGAUCCUUCCAGCUCUCCCACCAAGGUCAAUUUAGGAAACUACCCUGGGAACAGGUUGGAUAUCAAAAUUCCACUCCAGAAUUUGCUUUGAUCAUCCUACAAACAUUCCUAGUUGAUGCUCAGUAUGAGCCAGACCUCCAACUCCAAUCACAAAAUAGGGAUCACAGCUUCAACAAAAAGAAAACCAAGUUUCUGAAAUAGAAUUUCCAGGGACUUCGCCUGUUUGAGAAUAACAAAUAGUUUAUUUGUUAUAGAUCAUUUGGGAAUAGUUCAACAUUGGCCUUUGUCGAAUAAGACAAAGGCCAUUAAUUCAUUCCUAACAUAAAAUUCAUUUAAGAAAAAAUGCCCAAAAAAACCCCACUGUCUUGGGAACAUCUAAGAGGGAUGUAACCAGGCAGGUGAAAAGACUGAACACACACACACACACAAAAAAAAAAAAACAUCUCAGCAAAACUAAGAGCCUCUUUAAUUGGGGGACAGAGGAAACUCUUUUCUCAGAAAAUCAAUAAAGCAAUACUUAGCCAAUAGAAUCAAACUGUCUAGAAGCAGAAAUGGCCAAUAACUGGGAGUAAUGGAGAUGAAGGACUUGCUAAAACAGCCACUCUUCUGAUAGACAUUUCUUCUUGCUCACCACACAC